CAAUUUUCUACAUAAUAUUAUUACUGUAGUCUGUCGAGUACAGCUUCGUAACUCGAGUACUCCACGCUUCCUUGUUCAAGUUCCGAUCAGCGCCUUCUAUUGAAUACCACUAAAUAGAGCUAGACACCUCUCCCACCCUUUUUAUCCAUAUCCAGUAUUCAGUUCGCCGAAAUUGUGAUGCAAAGAUGGCUCGGAAGCAGGUAUUUGUCACUGAGCGAUUGCUCCUGCAGCCUUUAGAUCCCCAGAAUGCCGAAGACCUCCUCGUCAUAUUCUCAUUCGAUGAAGUGCGAAGCCAAAUGCUCACAACCACAUUCUCUACAAUCGAUGAAACAACAGAAUGGAUUGAAGCCGUAUCUAACCGCCCAAAUAGCUCGAUAUUCUCGAUCUCACUACGACAAAAUAGUUCAGAGAUGAUUGGAAUCAUCGGCCUUAACUCCUUUGAUCGUCUUUUGUACUCGUUUAACCCCGACUUUUGGGGUGCUGGAUACUGUACCGAAGUUCUCCGCUGGUUCCUCAAGCAGUUGUUUGAGAAGCAGCCGGAGCGAAGGACGCUUGUGGCCGGUGUGCAUAAUGGAAAUGAAGGAAGUGUGAGAGUGCUGUUGAAGUGUGGGUUUGUGGAGGUGGAUUCGUUGGAAAAUGCAAUGAGUGGGUUCAGCAACCGCGGAGGCAAUGGGGACAGUCAAGGUGGGGAAGUUGAAAUUCUUGAAUCUUCGUCCCCUGCAAACAGCUAUACAAACUUCACUUGGUUUUAUUUCGAGAGACCAUUGGUUGUGAAGGAAUGAGACAGCUCACUUCUCAGGGAGUGGUGAUGGGCUACUGAUCUUGGCGCCGAAGAGCACAUCAACGUUUCAAUUCCUCCUCAAGUCCCUAAGAAUUUAGUUUGUCUCCAAUAGAUAUGUGGCCCUUUGAAUUGAC